UGGUAUAAUUUAAUGGUAUCUUCUUCCCCCACAUAUUGCGAUUUUCCCAGGUUCUUUGUCCCUAGCCUAGCUUAGAGCAGCCUCACCUGGCACGCUUUUUCAAACGUCCCGGAUUGCAAAACCCAUAAAGCUCCAACCAGCAUGGCCGUUGGGAGCUCUUCUAACAAUUUCGAAGAGUUCAAUGGUUUCAGGAAGCCCCCCCCCUUUCCCCAAUCCCCCCAAGGGCAACAACUCUCCUAUUAACGAUGGUGCAAUGCCUUUUAAAAUGGAGAUUCUCUUUUACCCCUCCCACCUAAUGGAUUUGGUGCGGGCUUUCUCCCUUACUCCUCUCCCCCAAAAAAUUAGUUAUAAUGUUGUUUCUAAAGUUGUGUAUUUCAGUAGUCAGCCUUGCCUAUUGAACAACUUCUGUAUAGUGAGUGUUUUAAGUGAAGUGGGGUUGAGGGGGGAGGCAUCUGCUCCAUCUUAUUUGGUUCUGUAGGGUUUUCUAAUAAUAUAGAAUUUCAACAAUAUGAAUGGGAGCGCCAAUUAACAUUUUUGUUCAAGGUGGAGAUUGAUUCUCCAUAUGCCACAAUGGCCAUGUUUGCGUAAUACAGACUGGCCCACACGAAUGUGAUAGGUAAAUUUAAGCCAUGUGGUUAAUGGUACAGCAUGUCAUAUAAAUUCAGAAAACUGCGUUGAGAAAACCGUAUUUCUGUUUAUUGUAAGCGUAUUGUAUGAACAAAGCAGAGGUGUUUAUUUAUCCAUCUUGACAUAAAAUGCAUCUUGGUGUAUCUUCCAAAUUGGAAUGACCUUUCCCAGGUCACUAAUUAUCUCUACAGACAGAGAUUGGAUACCUGUAACUCUCCAGAUGUCAUGUAGCAAUCUGUACUAGCCACAGGAUCAACUUGCAUAUGGAGGAUCAUAAAUUCCCUAUCAUUAGUCUAAGAUUAUGAAGGGACGGUGGCUUCUUACUCCAAAAAUAUUGAGCUACAGUGUUUCUCAGCCUUGGCAAUUUUAAGAUGUGUGACUUCAACUCUCAUAAUUGCCCAGUCAGCAAGCUGACAGAAGAAUUCUGGGAGUUGAAGUCCACAGGUCUUAAAGUUCCCAAGGUUGAAACACACUUAAAUUACUGUACAUAGACUAAUCCCAAUUCAGUAUUUGGCAGCUAAUUUACUAUAUAACUACAUUUCCCCUAAUUCCCAUUGACCAUGCUGGCUGGGGAUGAUGGAAGUAGCAAUCCAGCAUAGCUGAAGAGCUUCCAUCGAGAAAGAUGGCCAUUAUUAUAUUCCAGAGGAGAAUUUCUCUUGUGGUUGCCCCUUCCUGUUCUAUUGAAAUUUUCAGGUUAGAAACUUUUGGGCAUAACAUAAAUUGAUCCUGCCAGGCCUUUAUCGCUUAAUCCAGGGGUCUCCAACCUUAGCAACUUUAAGCCUGGACGACUUCAACUCCCAGAAUUCCCCAGCCAGCUUUGCUUUCUAGGAGUUGAAGUCCACCAUGCUUAAAGUUGCCAAGGUUGGAGACCCCUGUCUUAAUCUAUGCAAAUGGAGCUUCUCUUACAGGGUCAGCUUACUUAGGAAAGUAAGCUAUUUUGUUUUCUUUGCAAGCCCUGAGGGCUUUUGUUCAGCCAUUCUAAGGGUUUAGAUGAUGCAUGAUUCAUCAUUUAGGCAUUCAGAAAAAGUGUUCAGAGCCAUUUUAACCCCCUGUGUAAAUUAUUUCCUGUCCAAGCUAAUUGUAAUUUACAAACUAAUAAUUUUCACAUGUCGUUUUUUUAGGUUCCUUAGUUUAAGUGGACAUUUAUGGUUUUUUUGAAUUCAAGAAAAAGGAAUGUCACAGAGCUCCAAGCAGCAAUCUACGGGACUCCUGAACGCUGCAAGUAAAGCUCAACAUGGGAACUUCCUAGUGGCUAUUAAACAGGAGAAAGGCGAGGCCCCUCGGUUAAUUGGGGAAAAGCCCCAUGGCGAAGAGGAGCCAGUGAAAAAGCGGGGCUGGCCGAAAGGCAAGAAGAGGAAGAAAAUCCUUCCAAAUGGACCGAAGGCCCCCGUGACAGGCUACGUCCGCUUUCUGAAUGAACGACGGGAGCAAAUUCGCAUGCAGCGCCCAGAUUUGCCCUUCCCUGAGAUCACAAAAAUGUUGGGAGCAGAGUGGAGUAAACUACAGCCCACAGAAAAGCAGCGCUAUCUGGAUGAGGCUGAACGGGAGAAGCAGCAAUACAUGAAGGAGCUGCGGGAAUACCAGCAAUCAGAAGCUUACAAGCUGUGUGCGGAGAAGAUGCAAGAGAAGAAAAUUAAAAAAGAGGACGCUGGUGCUGGAACUGUGAACACAUUGCUGAAUGGAUACAAGAUUGGAGAAGGGGGCAGUGAUGGCUUCUCAACAUUUGAUGUCCCUAUUUUUACAGAGGAAUUCUUAGACCAGAACAAAGCCCGGGAAGCAGAGCUGCGGAGACUGCGUAAGAUGAACACGGAGUUUGAGGAGCAGAAUGCCAUCCUGCAGAAGCACACAGAGAGCAUGAGCUGCGCCAAGGAGCGCCUAGAGCAGGAGCUUGCACUGGAGGAGAGGCAGACAAUGGCAUUGCAGCAACAGCUCCAGACGGUGCGCCAAGCUCUGACAGCCAGUUUUGCCAGCCUUCCCAUUCCAGGCACAGGUGAGACCCCCACAAUGAACACGCUUGAUUUCUACAUGGCAAAGCUUCACAGCACCAUUGAGAGCAAUCCUAUACAACAUGAAAGGCUGGUGGUCCGAGUCAAGGAGAUUUUGUCCCGUGUUGCCAACGAGCAUUUGUAAGCAACUGGGACACCACUUGAAAAUAUCUCAACUACAGUCUGCCAGGUUGAUGGAUUACACUGCUGUACGCUGCUCCUGACGCAGCUGCCUUUAUGUAGCAGAUCUUCUCCAGUGCCUCUUCUCUUCAAAGAGCCUUAAGUUGCCUUUUCUGCUCCUGAAAUGCGUAGGAUUUUCCUCUUUUCUUUCUGAGCUUUGUCCUCUCUUGGCUCUUUCAGAAGUUGCUGGCAGGACAGUAGAUGGUAGAAUGAUAGAAAACCAGUGAGACUUGUCCAUGAUCACUGGGAUAUAUGGCUGACUAUUGUGGCUACUAACAGGUCACUAUUGUGUCUACUAUUAGGUCACACAGGAAUAUCAAAAGCAGGGAGACCAAGAUUUAUAGGCAGAUAUUGGAAUGGUUAGAAGAUGAUCAAUAAGGAUUUUUGAGUCCCAGUUAAUUAACAAUAGCAGCUAUAUGAUGCCUCCUCAAACUCUAAAUUAUACUACUGAGGUUAUGAAAGAUGGGAUUGUGUGAGAGGCCUUUAAACUCAAAUGCUGAUCCUUGAUCCUUCUUUAAUUUUCAGCAUAUACCUGACUUCAAUUGGUGGAUAGAGAAAAAGCAGAAUAGAUCCAUGUCCAAAAACUGCCCUUCCCUCUGAUAAAGAGAUACAAAUAAGCAGAUCAUUGAAUUCAUUCCACUUGUGUUUUUAAAAUCAGAGCAAAACAUGCUAUUUCUUUUUUUUUUUUUUUUAAUUUGAUUUAUAUGCCGCCCUUCUCCGAAGACUCAGGGCGGCUUACAAUGUGCUCAGCAAUAGCCUUCAUCCUUUUGUAUAUUUAUACAAAGUCAGCUUAUUGCUCCCACAACUGGGUCCUCAAUUUACCUAUCUUAGAAAGGAUGGAAGGCUGAGUCAACCUUGAGCCUUGGCGAGAUUCGAACCCUGCAGUAAUUGCAGGCAGCUGGUCUUAAUAACCAGCUUAAUAACAGGGUGCCUUAAACCCCUGUACUACCAAGGAUCUUGGUAAACUCUUAUAGUUUACAUCAUCGUUUUAAUUAUCCUAUUGGAGCUUUUUAUUGACAUGUUUUGGAAUGCUUUUUGGAAUUGAGAAAUGCAUUGCAAAAUUUGAACAAGUGCAAAUCCAAGAGAUAGUUAUAUUUUGAUCCAGAUGUCCAUUAGCAGAACAUUUAUCUGAUUAAUUCUCGUCAGAAUGUGAUUAAUCAUCUCAAAUAGUUGUUUAGCAUAUAUGACUGAAUUCAUAUAAGCUAAACCAUGGCUUGCUUAACCAUGGUUUGCUGAAUAGCUGGGCUCACACAAUUGUACAUUAAAAAAAAUUAAAUCCUCCUGGUGACUCAAAAGAUGCUUUUUAAAAAGGGACCUGGACUGUUUUUUUUCCUUGAGAAGAAGAAAAUGUUUCGCUUUUCAUCCCAAAACAUUUUCUUCUUCUUCCUCAGGGGGAAAAAAAUAAUCCAUUUGCCUUUGUAAAAGCACCUUUGAGACAACUAUGAUCUGGAUGACCAAGAAUCUCUAGACAUUUUCCUGGUGAGUUAGAGGGAUGUGAGAAUAUUGACAAAAUAUUGUGGUUGCAUUGCAGAUUUACCCAUAAUUACCCAACCAGUUUAUUGAAUUUGCCCAAAGUUCUGCAUUUGCAUGACCUACUUAAACCUACACUAACUGUACAGACUGGAUUCACACAACACACUAGGCUGAAACCUGGCUGGCUGCUUUGGGAGUCUGGACAAACAGUCCAUGUGUCAUUUCAAAGACCUAUCUGUCUCAAGAAUGGGCAACUUAUGGCCUGCAGAUCACAAGCAUGUUGUGAUUUAAAUCCCUUUUCAUCUUCUAGGGCAGUUUAAGGUGAAGAUAGGAAUGAAUUCCUUUUGGGAGUCUUGAAUUUCCACCCCGUGGCCAAAAAAAAAAAAAAAUGGGUUUCAGCUCAGGAGACUGAUUCUCAAAUAUCGCCAUAAAGUUGACCUAGCUUAAAGCUGGUGCCAUUUCUCCGAGCUAGAUGGUCAUUGCACAUAUUAUUUUAAAUCAUGCUGAGUAAUCUAUUUUAUACUGGAGAUGCCAGGAAAGUUUUAUUAGUCUACAGUUAAGUUUCAAGAAGUGGAACUUUUCUUGGACUUGCUGCCUCAAUAUUUAAAUACAUAUAAUGUGACGUAAGAUGCAACUAAUAUUUUUACAGGGUGAAUGCCCCCCCCCCCCAACCUCAGUGUGCAUUUGUUGACAUUUGCACUUUACAUAGUGAAAAGUCUUGCAGAUGAGACACAGAAGUCAUUCCUUCAGGAAUGUGGCAUGAAGUUUUUGGGCUUUUUUUUUAAAAAAAAGAAAAAAGGUUACAGAUCUUGUGUCUUAAAUCGAAGAUACAUAUAUAGGGCUGGUAGAAUCUCUGAAAUCAAACUAGGAGCCUGAAGACAAAUACCCACCUUGUAUGCAAGGAAUUUUCAAAGCCAUUGUUGCUUCUCCUUGAAAAUAAUGGGUACAAGAUUCUAUGAAGAAAACUGCAUAUGUAGAUUAAGUCUGCUUCAUCUAAAAUAAUUAUAGUUGCUAGAAGCAAUUUAACAAUGCAAAACUUAAGUUGCCUUGGCAUAAAAUAAUGGCUUUAUUUAUUACAUAGCAUUGCACCCUUCCUCAUGACAUAAAUCCAUGCUGAUUAUUAUUGUGAAUGAAUUCUGACUUAGUUUUGUAUUUUCUUAAUGCAUUAGGAUAGGAUUUUUUAACAUAUUUGCAUUUAAAAUUAUAUUUUUAACAUUUUCCUCCCCCCCCCUUUGCAAAAAAAAAACACACAAUAGCAGUAUGGAAAUAGUUAUGCUGCUCUGGUGAGAGCAAGUGUUCUUUGUAAAAAAUAAAUAAAAUACAUAAAUGUACAAACUUA